AGACAAUCGUCAUUCCUCAGCACACGAAGUCGAUCUAUUGCCACGCACUACAAAAUCACCAUUUUUUCUGCGUGUUUGAUUGAUUUAAAGAAUAUAACCUACUUUAUCGUUUUGGUUGACUGACCGACCAACUUCCCAAUGGAUUCUAAAAGAAAUACAGGGGGCAACUGUUUCCUGUACCCAGAGGCAGCCUGGCCCCGAGUAUACAACAUGGCCGGCACAGACAUGCUCCUGUUUGCUGGGAGGAUGGCAUUCCGUUCAGACCUUCAGCUCGCGUCCAUUCAUUCCGAUAUCAGCGUUCCUGAAACCUGCGCUAGCCCCGUGGAUGCCGCCAUAAUCUGGACGGAAAGACAGCUUUACUAUGUCCGAAACGACUUGAAAACCAUAAAGAAGACCAGUAUGAGGUUAUCCACCCGUCAGGUACCGCCCACCCUGCCUACCCGCAUGAGGGGGCGUGUCGGGGUCAUUGAGUACGAACUGCAGGAAGCAGAAAGACUGAGGCAGAUCCGAGAGAGAAAGCAGAGACGUGAAAGAGAAGCUUUGACACAGGAGAGAGUAGUGAUGGAGGAGGAGAGAGACAUGAGAAACACUAUGUCGGCUGUGGGAUGCAGAAAGAGGAAACUGGAGGAAGUGACGUCAUCAAACAAUAUGGCGGAAACAAGAUCAAAGCGAUCCCGGAAACCAAACUCCAAAUACGACAGUGGCACCUUCCUCGUCCACAACGGAUCAGGCGACUCCCGCGCCUCCUCCAACAUCGUCAACAGAUUGAGGAGGAGAACUCUAAAACGCGGCCACUGAAUGUGGCUAUAGCAGGCAGUUUUCGUGGUCAUGUCUGCAUGGACAACUGGCGAUACAGUACAUACAUACAUACUACGUCACAUUGUCAUUGAACUGUAAUUGUUUCGAAACGCUUAUACAUAUUCCUGAUUUUUGUAAAUAAUUUGUUAUAUUUAAUAACAGUUUUACAAUGCAAUUUUAUCACAUAUACAAUAAACUGUUGUUACAUA